AUGAUCCACUACUUGUUUUUGCUCCAGUUUGGACUGCUGCCUUUAUUGGCUUUCGGAGACCCACGAAUCAUAGGCACUACAACUACAGCAAUUAUAAAGGAUGAGCCAUGGUUUGCCACGAUUCGAGUCAGAUCGGACAUGAAGUGCAGUGGAGCCAUUAUCUCAAAUAAUUACAUCCUGACGGCAGCCAAUUGUGUGGAUCACAAUGCGGCGAGGAGAGUUAAAGUGAGGAUAGGUACAAGUAGCUGCAAAUCUGGAGGAUCUACAGUUAAUAUCUGCAAGAUAAAGAUACAUGAUCGAUUUGAUUUUUUGACUUAUGACAAUAAUCUCGCCUUAUUGAAGACCUGCGAAAAAAUUACCGCCACUGAUCUUAUAAAACCAAUUGAAAGGAGCGACCAGAUUCCGACGGACAACUCACAAGCCAAUGUAACUGGUUGUGGUUAUCGGGAUCCCAUUUGGCCGGGAAGGUUUUUUUUACCCAAACUCCCUACGGAAGCGCACACCGGCGUGGUGCAAAUCUACAACCAAAAUCAAUGCGCCGCAGACUGGAACAUCUUUUCUCGUACAAUAUGGAAAAAGAAAAUCUCUGAGCGAUCCAUCUGCACCAAAGAUCGCCGCAUUGGAGCCAAUUCCUAUGAUACGGGGGCACCUCUGGUGGUCAACAACAAACUAGUUGGGAUUUUAUCCUCGCCAGGCAGUGUCCGGAAGCCCGAUAUCUAUUCGAAUGUUAUAAAGCAUUCCGAUUGGAUCGAUUCAAAUAUCAAAGAGUAAAAGAGAGAGAAAGAGAGAGAGAGAGUUGUGUAAAAAAAUAAUGAUGAAGAUAAAAUGUAUCAAUGGAACAUAUAAUAUUUCUUUAUUAAUAAUUAACUUAUAACAUCUUAAAGUUAA